GAGAGAAGUUCCGUCAUGGCUAAUCAUUCUUUACUCAAGUCAAACCCUUCGCUACUUACUAUUUAGCAAGCAUGGAUCUUGCUACGAUUCCAUUCACUAUACUAGGCGACCUGAAAACAGUAUGGGAUAUCUGUAAGAUCGUAAAGGAGCUCACUGGUGUCCCAGAAGCUUCCAAGGUGUUCGUGAAGAUACUUGAGCAGGUCAGCCGCGAUAACGAAUAUGCCCGCGAUUUUUUCAACAAAAUCCAGUCACACAGAAAGGACGAUCACAGCCAGUUCCAAUGGAUCGUAGAAAUAAUCACUACAAACAGUCAUGAAAUCAGUAGCGUCACGGACUUCAUGAGCCGACUGGACCUGUCGGAUUCGCCAAACCUCCAUCACCGGAUCGAGUUUGUCUUGAAAGAAGAGAAAACUCUCAACGACCAGGAGAAGGUAUUUCGCUUUUCGCAAAAUCGUGUAUUAGCCGCGAUCAGCACAAUGCACUUGUUAACUUUUCAGCCUGGUCCUUCAAGCAAGUCAUCUCUGUCUUCGCCUGCACCAAAGCCUUUGCUACGCAGAGCAUCUCCAGUACCACCGCGGUGCUGCCCGGGCACAAAAGAUGCGAACUCUACCCUAGGUCAACCAGGCGUUGUCGAUGAAAAGGUGGCUGAACAUGUUACUAUUACCACCAUUGAGGGGCCCGGGUUUUGAUUUGGCUGUCUACAUUGCGGAACCCAGGACCGUGGUCCAGAUCAUUGCGGGCUCCGCAAGGGUGUAGCCUACGGGCAGUGUAGUUGUUGGAUGUGGCUUAAAAAGGUCGUCUAGGUAUAAUUAAGUUAGUAGAUACCUAGGUAGGUACGCUGCUUGAACCACACAAGAUAGCCGUAAUCAUGAGGCUCUCGAUGGAACGUACCUAAGCACCUAGGUACAUACGGAUCCGUACUCUUGUUCUAUUUUUAGAUACCAUGCAUAGGUACUAAGGUACCUACAUAUAUGUACAUUAUGUACCUGGGAGACUUAAAGAGCAAUGAUACCUA